CUGGCGUUUUUCCUGGUCUUACAUCCUGGGCUGGGUGGCCUUGCUCAUGACCUUCUUCGCAGAGGACCCAAGAGGCCAGAUCACCAGUCUCUUCAUCUCCCAGGCCUCAGACACCCCAGUGCUCAUCUCCAUGGAGCUCUGCCGGUCCUUGGCUCUAUUCACUGGCUGCUUGGGCCUGGUGUCCAUCCUGAUUGCUCUGAGCACGGAUUUCUGGUUCGUGGCCGUGGGGCCCAACUUUUCAUUUCACUCGGGCCUCUGGCCGAAGGGGCCUCACGAUGCGGUGGCAAGCUACAUCCACGUGACACAGACCUUCGGCAUUCUGGCCACCCUGUGUGGCCUGGUGUCGCUGAUCUUCAUGGCCCUGUCCUGUGUCCCCUCAGUGUCCAUUCCAGGCCGCGGGCCCCUUGCCUCCUCAGUCACAGCCUUUGCUGCAGCCAUCUUUGUGACGGUGGCCAUGGUCGUCUACACCAGCGAGCGGUGGAACCAGACCCAACACUCGCAGGUCCAGUCCUUCUUUUCCUGGUCCUUCUACUUGGGCUGGGUUUCCAUGGGCCUCUUCCUCUGUUCAGGUAGCCUGAGUAUGGGUGUUCACUUUAGCACCCCCCGGCCUGGCUAUGACACCUUGUGAGCGAGAGGAGAGAACAGCAAGAUGAAGCUCUAUUCUCUGAAGACAUGACCAGAAGCUUCGGGCCUCCUGCCGUCGUCCCUCUGGCCCUUACCCCCAGCCCUUCAGAAACCCCCUCAUUUGUUUCUUCACCCGUUCAACAAAAAUGUGCUGGGAUCUGGUGAUUCUGAGAUUAAUUCAGUCAUGACAUAAGCUGAGGGCAAGCCAGUUCCAUCCAUGCCGGGCAACACUAGGCGCCCAGAAAGGAGUCCAAGCCCUCACCUGUCAUCCGUGGGCUCCCGCCCGGUGCAGGGACCGCCAUGAUCCCAUGUCGGCUCCCUUCUCGAGACCCUAUUUCCAUCUCAAGACCCUGUCCUUUGUCUUUCCCA